GGCGCCCUCUCUGGGUUCGCGGGAGCCAUCUUGUUACAGCCUCUCGACCUUUUGAAAACCAGGAUUCAACAAGGGGAUUCUGCUUUAAAUGCCCGCAAUACAACCAUCAUAUGGCGUACGACUGAGGACAUUCUUCGGAACGAGGGCAUAAAAGGGUUAUGGACGGGUACAAGUGCCACGUUGAUUCGCAAUGUUCCAGGGGUGGCCCUCUACUUUACGAGCCUGACUUACCUACGCUCUGUCAUGGCAAAGUCGCCCUAUUUUUCCGCACACCAGCGGCACAGCCGCGACAACUCUAAAACUGUCCUUCCGAAGCUGUCUAGUCAGGGCAACCUCAUAGCAGGCGCGACCGCUCGAGUCGGAGUCGGAUUGAUCCUCAACCCAUUUUCUAUCUUGAAAGCACGUUUUGAGAGUGAGUUGCAUGCAUAUCGUAGUUUAUCAGGCUCGCUUCUUUCCAUUACCCGUAUGGGACCGUCUGAACUUAUGCGCGGAUUUGUUGCAUCGUCGCUGCGGGAUGCACCAUAUGCUGGUCUAUUCGUCGUCAUAUACGAGGGUAUUAAACGCGAGACAAGUGAGAUCGUUCCUGCAUACUUCAUCCCAACAGCGUAUGCAGCAGGCAUACACAGCUUCUCAGCAGCAUCUGCAGGUGCCAUUGCCACGAUCGCGACACACCCAUUUGAUGUUAUAAAGACAAAAAUGCAAGUUCGUUCAGAAGACAGAUACCGUGGUCUUACUACGACUGUCAUAAGGAUUUUCAAGGCUGGUCCCGCUGCUGGUUUUUUCGAUGGCGCAUCUCUCCGCAUGUCUAGGAAAAUCCUAAGCUCGGCAAUUGGCUGGGCUGUAUUUGAAGGAAUGCUGCUCUUCAUGCAAACUUGA